AUGGAGAAGGAUCCGGCCACACACAGGAGGCACCGGCCAGGCCCUGGGGCCCUGCCCUCAGGAGUGGCCCCUGGACAUCUCAAGGCAGCCAGUGAGGGGGCCGAGCUCCAGAGGAGCCGGAGCAUGGGUGGCUUGCACCAGAAGGGAGACCCCCCAAGCCGCAUCAGGAAGCUGCGCAGGGAGCCAGAGUCUGAAGACCAGGGGCCAGACCCAAGGAGGGAUGCAGAUGAUACCAUCUGUCAGGCAAAUCUAGAGGAAGACAGGAAGGAAAAGAAUCGGGAUGCCCUGGGAAGCCUGGACCAUGAGUGUGGGAAAACGGAGUCAGAGGUUGAGAAGAGCGACUCGGAGACCAGCACCAAGGAGGAGCAGGCAGGAGCAUGUGCAGGCAGCGGCGUCCUGGAGGCUGAGGAACAAGAGCUGGACUCCACGAAGCUGAAUGAUCUGGAAAAAGAGAAACCAUCUGCAUUCGUGGAGAUUGACCUGGGAGAUCAUGCCGAGGAGGUGACCACCUGUGCUGUGAGAGAAGAGAAGUGGGGCGAGAUGGACAUAGGGGACUUGUCAGAAGACGAGACCAGGACCAGCUGGGUGUGCUGUAUCCCUUACCCCACCAAGAGGAAGGCGAAGGGGUGUGCAGCAGCCCUGGAGAAG